AUGAGCCUGGCCCGUCGUGUGCGACGACCGACAAAGACCGGCAGCGUGACCGUCAAGAACGGCGGCGUGAGCAAAACCGGGAAUCUAGAACAAUUAGACGAGGAGGAUAAGGAGUCCGGAGACCGCAUCGCCACCUUCAUGUUCUACCUUUCAGACGUGGGUUUGGGAGGUGCGACUGCGUUGCCCUACGCCAAGGCGGCUGUCACUCCGCGAAUGGGCUCGGCUGCCUUCUGGUACAACAUGCGCGAGGACGGCAGCUACGACGUCCGCACCUUGCACGGCGGAUGCUCCGUGCUACACGGCACAAAGCACAUCGCGAACCUGUGGAUUCGAACCAAUGGCCAGAUGUUCAAACGACCAUGCCCAGCGACGAAAGGAAGACGGACGCCCGAUUCUGCGAAUCUGUCUCCUUUAUGUGUUGGUCCUGCUGCUUAUAUUUGUCUUCUUGUUGUAUCACUCUCUUUUGCUAUAUUUUUUUCAAUGGGAACGAUAGGUCGUCCCUGUUAGUAUCUAUUGUUUCUAUGUUUAAAUAAGGUGAAAACAAAAGCAAAGAAUUGUUUAUAUAACGGAACGCAUUGAGAGUGUUAAAGAAAGGUCAACGCGCGGCACAUGCCAAAAAAGUAUAACAAUGAAACACUUCUUUAAGUAUGUUACAGAGACAAGGGAUGGUCCGUGCAGUCUUAUGUACACCACCUUGAUGAUGUUGGCCUUCCACCUGACAGCUGAUAUCGCUAGUGCUGUUUCUUGCACGACUUUUAUUGUGACGCGAUAAAAAGCUUCUUGGCAAAUACAGUAGCCACGUACACUCAACAUAAAAGUCUCUGCGCACAUUUUUUUUUUUUUUUGGUUCCUAAGCAAGGAAAUUCAAGCUUGCUCCCGGCACGGCGCUGUUUACUAUGGCCGAACCUACAGUAGUAUGGAUGCAAAGGUGAAAUAAAUGCUCCGAAACGUGUCGCAUAAUUAUUCAUUGCUGAGAAAAAGUGGGUAAUUCCAAUAGAAAAAGAGAUGGCGUUCUUUGAGAAUGAUAAUGGUGAAGUAAGUCUAGUAAAAAAAAAAGCCAGAACUCUGACGAAUGUGGCAGAAAGUUGUGUCAAUGCUUUGAAAAGUCGGUAUUAUAUGGUCAAUGAAGUUUUACGGUGUGCGUUUUCUUCAAGUCCUUGUGUGAAUAACUUUAGGCACCUUAGGCUUGUAACAAGAUGCGUAUAGCGCAAAUAUGCCAGAGCUAGUAAACUGCGGAACUCUUGCGGUUUACGGUGACAGAGAAAAUAAAAGAAAGAAAGAAUACUUCUGUUUAUUGAAUGAACAAAGUCGACGAAAAAGCUCACAUGUCAAACUUUGUCAGCUACCUGUCAAAAACAAACUGUUUACGCCGAAGUCGACACAGUGUCUUCGAUCACCUCUACGCACGCGUUAAAGCGAUGAGCGGGAGUAACUUCAGUUCAUAGAAGUCAGACAAUGGCAUA